UAAACAUCAGAAGACCUGCUACAGGGGAUUUUAAUUACCUGACUUCAUUAAGUAAGGUGUUUUACUACAGCAGUGACUAGAAAUGGAGAGUAAUUACUUAUCUGUGCCGGAUGACCACUAUUCUGCAGCUAUUGACUUUUCCAAUGCAUGCAGGGAAUUUUACAUCAACAGAAAGAAAGCAACGGAAAGUUUUAAGGAACAGAUGAAAGAGGAAGAGAAAUCAAAACAGGAAAAGGCGCUGCAGAAGAAGAGGUCAUCCAUAGAUGUAGCGAUGGAAACUCUUAGGAAAGAAAUGGCCUCUUUAAUGGACCAAGAUCUGUGUUUGAUGAAACAGUUACUGACUCUGAAUGAGACGAUAGAAGACAUCAAAACACGCAGAUGGUACAGCGCUAGCCAGAACUCACUCCAGGCUAGCUCAGUAAACCUUAGGGGCAGUGAUGACUCGCUCUCAGAAACCGACAUGUACGCUCCGGACGAAGGCAUUUUGGACCUCAAGGAAUCAACUCUCACCGUACCAAAAAUUCACAUCGAAUCGGUUGAUUCAGUGAAAUCUAUUGACGAUGUUAAGGAUAAUUCUGUGCAAAAAUCAAAAUUUUUGGACACUCAGAUGGUAUUGAAUGGAAAAUCAAUUCAUGUUAUGCACGGAGCACAGAGUUCUGUAGACUCGGGUUAUGGAGAAUGUGACUUUAUGUAUCAGAAGGACAUAGAAGUGACUUUAUAAUUGUAGUGACCAGUGUAUUGAACAUUAGGCCGACUGUCAGACCCAGACACAUUUACAGCUACUGUUAUGUAACGCCCUCAUAAUCUUCAUGACGGAAUCUAAUCUCGCUGCCUCCUGUGUUCUCUUCACAGACGGGCCACUUAAGUCUCCACUUCUAUUAUAUUUUGACUUUAUGCCAUAUAAGAGUCAUGUCGGCCAUGUGGACUACUUUUUGCCCGUGUCCAGUUGUGAAAUUUACAAAUAUAACUGUCCGCUGUGAACUGAGAAUAACUUUGCAAUGAGUGAUUCAUCAAUAUUCAUAAAAGUUGAGCCAGUAUUAUACAACUUAUUCUAGUCAAUUUCUCAUUCAUGCCAAAAGAGAAUUCUUAAUAAAACACGUAAUUUUA